GUCGGCCGCAUGUGUUGGAAGCGUGGCACGAUUAUCUUCCACCAGCUGGCAUUGGGGGAGGGAGAGAGCGUUAGCGAGAGGAAGGGGGAUAUUUGAUCUAGCGUAGUGUCAGUAAGUGAGUGCGCAUGGUCUCGGUAGUACCUUUAUAACCUCGCUAGAUCCCCGAGACGUAACAUGGUAGCGAACUGGUAGAGACCGCACAUACCACGCGUCAACUUAAUGGGCCAAGGCUAAAAGGCAAAUACCGUACAAUGUCUUUGGCAGACUGUUUAAGGAGUGCGGAGGACGCCUUUGGUGCAAAUGACUUUGAGGUGGCAUUGUCUCAUUACAAUAAGAUAGAUAAAAGCAGUGACGUCGAGUGCAAGACUGAAGUUUACCUGAAGAAAUCCCAGUGUUUGCUUGGUCUGGAAAGAUACGAGGACGCAGUGACAGAGGCAGAGAAAUGCACAGCCAGAGACCCUCUGUGCGUGGCGGGCUAUGUUGUGCAGGGACAGGCCCUGACCAUGAGGGGAAUGUUUGAAGACGCAUACAGGGCCUACAAGAAUGGUUUGGACGUUAACGCUAACGACAAAGCCAUCGCCGCCGGACUUCGACAUCUUCAGCACGCCAUUAUCAAUCAGUACGAGGCUGCGGAUAAAGAGUCGGAGUCCAACUACGAUGCCUUGAAAAUGUGUUCCCAGGAGCGUUACCCGGGAGACGAUGAUGUGGAGAGUCUAGAGAAGGAAAUAAUGGAGACUUGGAAGUUGUUUGAUGCGCCGCAAAUAACUCCAUUGAUGCCAAAUCCCGAACGGUCUCGCGUGCAUCUCAUCCAAGGACUGAGGGCGAAGGCCAAAGGUGCCUUGAGUGAAGCUCUGGAAGAGUUCACCGCAGCGCUGGAGCAUGAUGCUACCAACUUUGAGACCUGGAAGGGGAGGAUUGAGGUUCUAUACGAACAGAAGGGUUACAGAGAGGCCUUCAGAACCGUCAACUCGUUCCCUGAAUCUGUGCGGUCAGCGGAAGUGUGGCUUCUUGGAGGCAAGAUUCUUUACGGGCUGGAGUUACCGUUGAUGGCGGAGACGUGGUUGAGGCGGUCUACACAACUCAACACGGAAAAGGAAAACAAGGAGGCGGCCAUCUUGUUCCAGACGAUCCGCGUUGCCAGGUUGUAUGGCCCCUUAGCUAGCAAAACCAACGCCGAGGUGGCCUUCAGCAAAUAUGGCCGCACUGUGAAGGCGAAGAAAGAUAUGAGAAAUCACGAUAUUAUUUUGACUGACAAACCAAUGGUUCUGGCCCAGACUCUAGCAACCCAGGAUGUCCCGGCAUGUUGCCAGUGCGCCGUUUCCAUGUUGAAACCGGAAGGGGUAUUCAGUCCCACAGAUCUUAAAAAUGAGGAACUCAAAAAAGCCAUCGCGCAAUGCUGGCCGAAACGAAAAAUUCACCCGUGUCAGGGUUGUUCCAGGGAGAUAUAUUGUAGUAUAGAAUGUCGGGACGAAGCGUGGACCACCUAUCACAGAGUAGUGUGUCCUUCAGUCAACAAGUCCAUUCAGAAGCUGUAUAAAAUCUGUGACGAUUACAAAACAUUGAAGGAUGGCGACGGCCAGUGCUGGAAGGGUUGGUGGAACGCAUCAUUCUCUCCCUUUGUUCUCGUCAAAAUGUGGGCAACUAUUGCCUGUCAAGCAAAGCGAUUGGCUGAGAAGGCUGGAAGACCCAUCCCAAUAAUGUCUGAUUGGAGCAUGGCCCAAGCUCCUCUACGGCGAUUCAUUGCGUAUGGCUCUUCAAGUAACGCUGAUGUCAUCCCCAAGAUGUUUCAACUUAUGAUCGAGAUCUUUCAAGAUCUUGGCGACGGACUGAAAUACGACAUCACAAAACGAGAGUUUGACGGGAGAUACUUCCAAGCCACGUGCAACGUCCAAGCAUUUUCUGACUCCAGAAACCCGCUACGAAUUUUCAUCGAGCGAUUCAGAGACAAACCCAAAUGGCACGCCAUCGCCAAAUUCAUACCAGCUGAGCCCCCGGAAGGAGAGUUCGCUGGUAUGUUUCCUCUUCACGCUUGCAUGAACCACUCGUGCGCAAACAACGCGGAAGUGAUGGACUACGUUGUCGACGGUAAACCUGGCGUAGGAGUACGGGUCCGCGGAGGGAUGAAGAAGGGCGAAGACGUGUGUAUCACCUAUAUAAAUACAACCAUGCCUCGACGACAGCGCCGAGCCUGGCUGUACCGCUCCUACAACUUCUGGUGCAGGUGUAUCAGGUGUAACUUCGAGGGGGAGGGGCCCAUGGCGUGUACACAGUGCGGGAAGUCUGCCGAUGAAGGCAAGAAGUUUCCCCAGUGUUCCAAGUGCAAGAAGGCGUGGUACUGUUCAACGGCGUGUCAGAAGCAGGCAUGGAAGAAAGGACACAAGAAAAUAUGUAAGUGACGAUCUACAACUCCCUGUGUGUUUCUGUAGUUUUAUUUGACGUAAUAUAUACAUCGCCGUCGUUUGAAAUUCCCUUUUAUAUCUUGCUUAAAAAAAUAGAAAAUCUUGAGUUCUUUUGGGGAUUCAGGAUUCGU